AGAGCGAGUCUAUAAAGACAAUCCCCCGCUUCCGCAUCCGGUUUCCGGGAAGACCCAAUUAGGAAAGCGUCCCGAUCUGUGACGUCUAACGCUUGAGACGCCCCAGGUCCCGUAGUGUAGUUUCGGGUUCUCUCUGGCUUUCUCUGGGGGUUCCGGGAACUAUCUCAGCUUGGGAAACGCCGCGAUUGUGAGGUACGCCUCUUGAAAUAACGAGCAGCGCAGCGCCACCAUGACGGACCGGUACACCAUCCACAGCCAGCUGGAGCAUCUGCAGUCCAAGUACAUCGGCACCGGCCACGCCGACACCACCAAGUGGGAAUGGCUGGUGAACCAGCACCGCGACUCGUACUGCUCCUACAUGGGCCACUUCGACCUCCUCAACUACUUCGCCAUCGCAGAGAACGAGAGCAAAGCGCGCGUGCGCUUCAACUUGAUGGAGAAGAUGCUGCAGCCCUGCGGUCCGCCGGCUGACAAGCCCGAGGAGAACUGAGCCCCCAGGCCCCCCCCAACCCCUCUGGUUAUGCCCCUGGCGCAGACGUCCGCUCUUUUUGAUUUCCCGCUUCGCGAGGACUGAACCCCGCUAGGCCUGGGCUGAUCUCUGUUCCACGACAAAAGGCAGCGUUGUCCUGCUGCUGCCACUGUUCCUCUGCUGGACCUAUUUGGCUGUUAAGAGCCCAGGGACUGUGAUUAUGGGGUGUCACCAAUGCUGGAGAGUGCCCGGACAACGACUCCGGAGAGGGAGAUUAACUUGAAAACUUGUGUUUGGAUUUUGGUGUGUUUUUCUUCUCCUCAUAAAAUUAAAAUUUUGUUGAGUAAUCAAA